CGUGUACUAUUCCUACAGGCGCCCAUCCUCCGCGCGACGGCGACGGCGACGGCGGGUGGCUUGCCAAUCCGCAUUUGGCUGCGCGAUCGUACCGCGGCCACAGCUCUCUGCCACCGCCACCACACCCUCCUCCCACAUCCUGCUCCGAGCAGACGACAUGAACAUCAUAGAAACACUGUUUGGGCGGACAGUCACCCCCGCCGAGCGGCUGCGGCAACACCAGCGCGCCCUCGCGAAGGCCCAGCGCGAGCUCGACAGGGAGAGGACGAAGCUCGAGCAGCAGGAGAAGAAGCUCAUCAUGGACAUCAAGAAGAGCGCGAAGGCGGGGCAGAUGAAUGCGUGCAAGGUCAUGGCGAAGGACCUCGUACGGACCCGGCGAUACGUCCAGAAGUUCUACCAGAUGCGGACACAGCUGCAGGCCGUCGGGCUCCGGAUACAGACACUCAGGAGCAACCAGCAGAUGGCGGACGCGAUGCGCGGCGCGACUCGUGCAAUGGGCAUGAUGAAUCGCGGCCUGAACCUCCCGCAAAUACAACGGAUCAUGAACGAGUUUGAGCGAGAGAGCGCGACGAUGGACAUGAAGGAAGAGAUGAUGUCCGACGCGGUCGACGACGUCAUGGACGACGAACUCGAGGACGAGGAGGCAGAGGGCGACACGAUCCUCAAGCAGGUGCUCGACGAGAUCGGUGUCGACCUCUCGCAGCAGCUCACGGACGCGCCGUCUGGACUCGCGGUCUCUUCGUCGCUUACGGAGCCAAGGCAAGCUGUGGUACUGGGCGAUUCAGGAGGACCGUCGCAUCAUGGUUCUGGAGACGACAGCGGGGCAGGCGGUGGCGGCGCCGGUGGGAUGUCGGAUGAGGAUGCCUUGCAAGCUCGGCUUGAUGCUCUGCGGAGAGGCUGAUCUUACUGUUCAUGAACCUCCCGCCACCGUGUUGCCCUGGUUGUCUUGUACUAGAUACUGCUAUUCGACUAGCUACGCUUGCAUACGAGUACUCCGACUCCUCGAUGCCAGCUGCGAUUCCAUCUAAUCUUAUCUCGAAACAUGAGUGAGAUCCUUGAUCGAGAUGAGCCUGGUGGCGGGCGAUUCAAAGCAGCAGCG